AUGGCAGAUUUCUCUGUAGACGAAGGUCUGCUGGCCUUCUGGCAUCUCUAUCGUCUGCCGCUUCUCCUCGCUCUCGUCGCAGCGUUUACCUUCAUUCGCUUCUAUCGUACACUCCAGCCCAAGUCUAGAACGGCCACUGCCUCCUCGAUCCCACCGUCCCCUCGAAGCCAUUCUCCGGAGAAGAGUGAAAAGAUCGCGAUUGGAUAUGACGAAGAAGCCACCAAGGUCGAAAAGUCGACCAUCCAAACUAUCGCCGAGAAGGAGAAAGCGCCCAAGUCCACAUCCGGUCCCAAGAGAGUGUCAGGAAAGAAGCCCUCAAAGGUCGCUGGCCGACGUGCCGGUUCCGACCAGGAACAACAGCCUCUGUCCUUCAUCCAGCCUAUCAUCUUCUGGGCUUCGUUGACCGGAUCAACUGAGAAAUAUGCGCAGGUUUUGCUUGAAGACCUGCGUGCCGCCGCCCAAGAACGAGCCGACCCGGAGAAUCGCGAGCGGGCCAUCCUUCCUCCUCAGAUUCAUGACCUCUCCUAUGUCGAUUUCGACGAUUACUUCGCCGCUGCUCCCAAGCCUCCGCCCAACUCGCCCGGAACACGUUACGUUUACUGCUUGCUGAUCCCCUCGUACAACAUUGAUACUAUUCUGAACACUUUCCUUGGCCAUCUUGACGAAACCCACAAUGACUUCCGCAUCGAUACUGCGCCGCUCUCGUCCCUGGCUGGCUACGCUGUCUUUGGUUUCGGUGACAAGGAGGGAUGGCCGACCGAGGAGGAGGGAUACUGCUCCCAAGCCAAGGAACUCGAUCGGUGGAUGGCGAAGCUUACGGGUCGGAAGCGGGCGUAUCCCCUCGGGUUUGGUGAUGUCAAGGGUGAUGCGGAAGCUGCUUUGAAAGAAUGGUCUCAUGGUCUUCAAGAUAUUCUGGGCGACAUCCUGGAACAUGGUGGAUUGGGUGAAGGUGUUCCUGGCAGCGGUGACCCUCUCGAAAGCGACGAGGAGGAUCUGGACGAAGAAGGCUCUGAUGACAGUUCUAAGAAGAAUCGGAAACGUAACAAGGCUCAAGAUGUGGUUGACCUGGAAGACAUCAAGUUCAGCGCUGAUGGCCAGAGCGGAUCGGGAGCCCCCGUUCCCGUUGACUUUACUACCGCGGGCGCUUCGCCUGCGUCCGCUAUUCAACCCACUGAGAAGGAAAUGGUCCCGAAGACAUCGCCCACCUAUGCAGCUCUUACUAAACAGGGCUACACCAUUGUUGGUUCUCACUCAGGUGUCAAGAUCUGUCGCUGGACUAAGUCAGCCUUGCGUGGCCGUGGCUCCUGUUACAAAUUCUCGUUCUAUGGAAUUCGCUCGCACCUUUGCAUGGAAGCUACUCCGUCCCUUUCCUGCAGCAACAAAUGUAUCUUCUGCUGGAGACAUGGCACUAACCCGGUUGGCACAACUUGGCGAUGGAAGGUGGAUUCCCCUGACCUAAUCUUCAAUGGUAUCAAGGAGGGUCAUUACAAAAAGAUCAAGAUGAUGCGUGGUGUCCCCGGUGUGCGUGCUGAACGAUUCGCGGAGGCUAUGCGCAUCCGCCACUGCGCUCUCAGCUUGGUCGGCGAACCGAUUUUUUAUCCUCACAUCAACCAGUUCUUGGACAUGCUGCACAGCGAGCGCAUCUCUAGCUUCCUUGUCUGCAAUGCUCAACAUCCCGAUCAGCUCGAGACCCUCAACCGAGUAACUCAGUUGUACGUUUCCAUCGACGCGAGCAACCGGGAAAGUCUGAGAAAGAUUGACCGCCCUCUGCACCGAGACUUCUGGGAGCGUUUCCAGCGUUGUCUGGACAUUCUUCGCGAGAAGCGUCACAUGCAGCGCACUGUCUUCCGUCUUACGCUUGUGAAGGGAUUCAACGUGGAUGACGAGGUCAUUGGAUACGCGAAUUUGGUUGAGAAGGCACUGCCUUGCUUCAUCGAGAUCAAGGGCGUCACUUACUGUGGUACUAGCACCAGUGCGGGAGCCGGACUGACUAUGCAGAACGUGCCUUUCUACGAGGAAAUCCAAGAGUUUGUCACCUCCCUUAACAAGGAGCUGGAGCGCCGCGGUCUCAAGUAUGGUCUCGCUGCGGAGCAUGCUCACAGCUGCUGUGCACUUAUCGCAUCCGAGCGCUUCUACGUGAACGGAAAGUGGCACUCGCGGAUCGACUAUGACCGGUUCUUCGAGCUUUUGGAGAAGGAGAAGGCAGAUGGCACUCCCUUCAAACCCGAGGAUUACAUGAGUGAAACGCUCGAGUGGGCCUUGUGGGGCAACGGUGGCUUUGACCCCAACGAUGAGCGUGUAUACAGGAAAGGCAAGAAGAAGGGUCUCCAAGCUGCAGCAGCAGCUCAGGAUUGA